GCCGAUCACAUGAGAGGCGCCCGGCCCAGGGCAGCCGCGCGGAGCAUGGAGCUGGCGGGCGGGCGCUGCGCGCUCAGCCUGUGGCGGCGGCUGCUGCUGCUGGCGCCGCUGUGCUGCUUGCCGGCCCCGGGCGCCGCCGCCCCAGCAGGGCCCUCAGCCGUGGGGCAGUUCUGGCAUGUAUCCGACUUGCAUUUAGACCCUACUUACCACAUCACUGGCGAUCACACCAAAGUUUGUUCUUCUUCCAAAGGGGCUAAUGCCUCCAACCCUGGACCUUUUGGAGAUUUUUUCUGUGAUUCUCCUUAUCAACUUAUUUUAUCAGCCUUUAAGUAUAUGAAAGAGUCUGAACAACAAGCUUCCUUCAUGAUAUGGACAGGGGAUAGCCCACCUCAUGUUCCAGUGGAGGAACUCUCCACAAAGAUGGUCAUUAAUGUUAUUGGCAAUAUGACUUCUACCAUUCAAAGUUUCUUUCCAGAUCUCCAGGUGUUUCCUGCUUUGGGUAAUCAUGACUACUGGCCACAGGAUCAGCUGCCUGUAUCUGCCAAUGAAGUUUACAGUGCAGUAGCAAAUUUCUGGAAACCUUGGCUAACUGAUGAGGCAAUCAGUACCUUCAAGAAAGGUGGCUUUUAUACCCAACUCUUUCAAUCCAGUGUUAGCCCUCAACCACUCAGGAUAAUCAGUUUGAACACAAAUCUAUAUUACAGUCCCAACCAUGUGACUCUGAAUAUAACUGACCCGGCCAACCAGUUAGUGUGGUUGGAGAGCACACUAGAAAUCUCUCUUCAAAAGAAGGAGAAGGUAUAUGUGAUAGGACAUGUGCCAGUAGGAUAUCUGCCUUUCACAAGGAACAUUACUGCCAUAAGAGGAUAUUACAAUGAGAGAUUAGUAAAGAUUUUUCGCAAGUAUAGUGAUGUUAUUGCUGGACAGUUUUUUGGACAUACUCACAGAGAUAGCAUCAUGAUCCUUCUGGAUGAGAAAGAAAACCCAAUAAAUUCCUUGUUUGUAGCACCUGCUGUGACACCAGUGAAAAGUGUGGUGCAGAGAGAGUCCAACAAUCCUGGAGUCAGACUGUAUCAAUACGAUCCUCUUCAUUAUAGCUUGUUGGCAGAAGACUGUUCCUGUGUUGCUACAAAUGAAGCAUCCUGUUGUGAAUGUGCCUGUGAAAUCCCUGCUGUUUUGUAUGUUCAGCUGAUAAACUACUUUCAAACUGCUUGGGGGAAAAAAACAGCACUCCACAUAAUAAGGCCCAGUGCAGACUUUGGCUCUGUACAUUCUUGUCUGUGUUCUGCUUGGAGAAUGAUCCCCAGUUAUUCCGAGUCAGGUGCACAAAGCACACUUCUAUUUGUAUAAGAACGUGUACUUUAUGCUUAGGAGCUUCGUAGUAACUCAGCUGCUUGUGUAAUUAUAUUUUGUUCAGAGAUAAACAAUAUAAAAACCCACAUCUGUUUACAGUGUAGUCUUAAAGCACACAUUUCCACGAAACAACAUCAGCAGCAAGAAACAAUUAAAUAAUAAUUUACCCAUGAAAACUGACUGCAGGUCAGAUCAUCAGCUGGUGUAAACUGGCAUAGCUCCAGUGAAGUCAAGCUGAGAAUAUGACGCUAUGUAUCUUAAGCUAUUUCUAAAGAUGAAAUAUUGCACCGGCUGCAUAUUACAUUGGGUGGAAGGGGCUCAGACAUUUUUUAUGAACGUGUGUGCAGGAGGGAGGGGGAAGACUAAGCAGAAUCCCAUGUGUGCCAUAUAAAAUUACUAUAAGUAGCUUUUAUUUUCAUCCUUUUCAUUGUAGUACUUAUCCAAGCCUUUGGUUGUGCAGUUAAUUUUGAUCCUAUUCCAUUCUGUUCUGAUUCUGAUACUUGUUUUGUGCCCAUCACUGUGGUAUUUGACCUUCAGACAAAACCUCCUAAAAUAUGCUUUUAUAAUUUUUAUUUCAAAUCGUUUUUCACAUAUAUCCUUAGUGAGGCUUCAUCACCCAUUACUUUGAAGAAUUAUCGACUAAAUUAGCCAACUGAAGUAAAUGGGGUGAGAAUAUCAUGAACUUGAAACAAACUGUUUAUGAACUCCACAGCUGGUCCAGAGUUAUAUGGGGUACCGUUUAAAACGUCAUGAGAACCACACUCGCUUUAUAACCUUGGAAAAUGCAGGGCCCCCAGGUGCUGAGGACCAGGCCUGUCAAAUUCCACUUUACUGUAAAUCUGAUACUAAUUCAUUUAUCUAAUUUUUUAGUUUUACUCUCUUAAUUCUCAACUCUUUUAAAAUUAUGAGUUAUUAGCUUUAUGAAGAAGGCAGUCUAUUCCUUUUAAACCUAGUGGAAUAUCAUUUAAGGUUUUUUUCCACCCCUGGCAGAAAUCAGUCCCUUGAACAAUACAGCCUUUUGUUUGCUAGAAGCAGAGUAACAAAUGAAUUAUGUGUAACAGCCAUCCAUAGUGCUUUUGUUUAAUCUCCAUUCAGUCUCUACACAUUUAGCAUUGCUUCUAAUGAGGCUGCCUGAACUAUGGUAACCUCAUGGCACUUUGUAAGCAAGAGAAAUUAGAUGGAUCAGUCCCUUCUAGGGCUAUGUUAUGAGGUAAUGGCCUUUCAUGACAGGAUUUAUUUUCUAGGUGGUGGUUCUCAGUGAGAAGACGCCGCAGGCACAGGGAGCACUUAUUUACUCCAUAAGGCCAAGUUCCGAGUCUCUGUGAAUGUGACGCUGCUUUCCCACAGCCCAGUUCCAGUUGGUUGCAAGUCUUGAAAUACAACCUUUCUUGCGCAUGACCUCCCCUUUGCUCCCCUUCCAAAUCAGUCUCGUACUGAAAUGAUUGACUAUCCUUUAUAAAAUACUCAAGAAAGAACUGUUUCACUCACAAAUCACCCCAGCAUGCAAGCCUGGAUCCACACAGAGAAAAUGAAUGAAAAACCAAAUAUCUCACAUCAGAAUUAAAAGCCCCUUCUUCAUUUCCCCCUUUCUAAUGUAUGGAGAUUUCCUCUCAGGAGCUAAACAUUUCCAUUCCUAUGGGUAUAAAAACACUGUUGGCAAAAACAAGCAAACAUAAAAACCCUUCUAUGUGUUCACUGAAGGCAUAUGUGGGUUAUAUGUAUUUAUAUACCUAUAUAUAAAAUUGUUGAACACUUAUCAGUAGAAAACAGGCUUCAGGUGCAAAUGUAUUUAAUGUUCAGAUCUUUCUUAUGUUAAUAAAGCCUCAAGAUUUUUAUCAUCUCUUGUUUCUUCCUUCCUGCUCCUGGUCAGUCAUU